AUGAGAAACGCAACACCAGUGUCUCCAAUAUAUUUCAAUGUGGCCGAAUAUUGUCUCUUCGGAAUCAAUUUAGGUGUAAUCAUAGGAUUAAUUCUAUAUUUCAAUAUAGUGAACCGUAAAUAUAAUUCAGUGAAUGGUUUUCUGUUUGGUGGCAAAAAUAUGUCGGUUAUAUCGAUUUCUUUGGCUUUAAUUUCGAGUCACUUGACUAGCAUUACAUUGCUUGGUGUACCAGUAGAGAUAUAUCUGAGAGGCACGCAAUAUUGGGCCUCGGCACUUUCUUUAAUUAUCGUGACAUUUCUUACUGCAGUCAUUUAUUUGCCGGUAUUCCACAAAUUGCAACUAUCAUCAAGUUUCGAAUAUUUAGAAAUAAGAUUCUCGACACACACUCGAACAAUUGCUGCUGUGUUGUUUGUCAUAAGCAAGCUGAUGUUGCUACCAAUUGUACCUUAUGUGCCAAUGAUGGCUUUUAGAUUAGUUACCAAUCCUCUAGCAGGCCACAUAACAGCAGUGACUUGUGUGGCGUGUGCUACCUUCAUUGCUAUUGGUGGCUUAAGAGCUAUAGUUAGUAUCGGCAUAGUAACCACAUUUCUGGCUUUAGCUGGAACUGCUCUACCAAGUGGUUUAGCAUUAUUACCAAUGGGCUUCAAAAGGAUGUGGGAAAUCGCCAGCCAUGGUGGUCGUCUAGUAUUUUACGACCCUGACCCAGAAAUGGCUCAUCACACAUCAUUCUUUGUGGUGACUUUAGCUCUCAGUACGAAUUGGCUAUGGAAAAUAGCUCUAAGCCAGUCGUCUCUACAGAAGCUCCUGGCUGUACCUACGAUAAGCAAGGCUAGGUUAUGCCUGGCCUUAUCGUGCCUUGGAGUCAUCUUGAUGAAAUUGCUCUCUUGUUUCCUUGGACUGGCGUUAUAUGCCUGGUUUGCUGGAUGCGAUCCUCUGCUUACGGGGCAAGUUAAAAAACAUGAACAGCUUGUACCUCAAUUCCUUAACAAUUUAUCCGUAAUGUUUCCCGGGAUCUGCGGAAUUUUCAUAAUCUCCAUUUUUAGUGCUACUACUGGUUGUAUUGCAUCUUUAAUAAACUCAAUCGGAGGGGUUCUUUUUGAAGAAUUCAUUCGGCCCUGGAUGCCACAAAAUACAAAUGAACUGGCAUGCUGUAAGAUUAUGAAGGUGCUAUGUGUUCUGGUUGGGUUAUACUGCGGAGGCGUGGUCUGGUUUGCUAAAGAGCUGGACCGCCUCCAGCAUGUGGCUUCAGGAGUGACUGGUGUGACAGCUGGCACUCUCCUUGGCCUGUUCACUUUGGGCAUUGUCUUUCCAAGAGCUAACUGUUCGGGAGCUCUCAGCGGCUGCCUCCUCAGUCUGAUGCUGUGCGGUUGGCUGUUGAUCGGUGCUGAGAACGCCUUGGCCACUGGAGCCUUGACUUUCCAAGGGAAACCGUUGGCCACUUCUGGAUGUGGGAAGGCUAACUUCACCCAUGCAUUGGCUAAUCUAACGGUUGUGCCUAUUGCUGCGACAAAACUGCCUACAAAACCUCUGCAGUCCCUCUUCAGGAUUUCCUUCACCUACUGCCCUUUCACCGGAGUGAUUGCUGUCCUCCUCAUAGGAGUACCCAUGAGCUACCUCACCGGCAAGUCCAGGACAGAGUCCAUGAACCCUGAUGUCUUCUGCCCUCUCACACAGAGUUUGUUACACAAGUCCCAGUUUAGAAGUCCCUCGGAGUCUUUGGAGGUUCGAGCCCCUGACACGCAAGAGGUGUACGUGGCGUUGGACGAAGCAUUGAAGCAUUUGAAAGAAGUUAUAGAUCGGUAGCUUUGUAUUUUUAGGGUUCCGUAGCCAAAAUGGCAAAAAC